AUGUCCGCCAUUCGGGUCCAGCGGCUGGAUGUGGCGGCACCGAGGACCAUCUUGGAGGCAGGGCUGGCAGAGGCUCCCAGCAACCUGGACUCGACCCGCAUAGUGUCCAUCGGCGAUGAGCUCGACAUGGGAACGGACCAGGAAUCCAUCCUCAGGGGCCAUGGCACUCAGACACGUGCCGAGACGGGCGCGCUGGUGGCGUCGGUGGCCGGCGUCGUAGAGCGGGUGGACCAACUAGUCACAGUCAAGACCCUCCGAACCCGAUAUGUGGCGGAGGUUGGGGACGUCGUCGUCGGGCGUGUGGCCGAGAUCGUGGGCAAGCGCUGGCGGCUGGACCUGGGCUCCCGGCACGAGGCCACGCUGCUGCUCUCGGCCGUGGACCUGCCCGGCGGCAUCCAGCGGCGGCGCACUGCCGAGGACGAGCUGACCAUGCGCGCCGUCUUCCCCGAGGGCACGGUGCUGGCGGUGGAGGUGCAGAGCGUGCACGCCGACGGCGGCCUGGCCCUGCACGCGCGGUCGGCGCGCUACGGCGCGCUGGCCGGGGGCACGCUGGUGGCCGUCCCCGGCGCGCUGGUCCGGCGCCAGGCGCGCCACUUCCAGCGGCUAGAUGGACGCGGCGUGGACCUCAUCCUCGGCUGCAACGGCGGCGAGCGGCAGGGGGUGGCGCGCGUGGCGCAGGCGCUGCGCGCGCUGGCCACGCUGUACCUGCCCAUCGACGCGGGGAGCGUGGCGGGGGCGCUGCAGGUGGCCGAUGCCGUGGGCGUGGCCACGCCGGACAUGGGCAGCAGGGCCUACCUCACCGCCCUGGUCGAGGACGUGGCGGCUGGGAGGGUCGCGACUGCGGCCGACCGGGGGCAAUGA